CGUGACGUGACCAAAGGGGCGGUCUUGAAACGGGUUGGAUCGCACAGGUGACUGUCGCCGUCUUGUCGGAUCGGGACAAACAUGGGCAAAAUUGAAUUAUUUCAGAUCACAUUUGACAACAGUAAAGAACUUUACACUCCUGGCGAGUCUAUCACGGGAGCCGUGACGAUCAAGGCGGGCCAAAAGCUUCUAUGUAAAGCUGUUAAGGUGAACUGCAAUGGUUUCUGUGGCAUCACCAAUAAAGUAAAUGAAACAACAUGGACAGAGGAGGAACAGUACUUCAACAAUACAGUGCCUGUGGCAGACAAAGGAACUCUGAAACAAGGACUUCACACUUUUCCGUUCAAGUUUCUUAUUCCAGAAUCUGCUCCAACAUCGUUCGAGGGCAACUAUGGUAGAAUAGUUUACAGAAUAAGAGCUUUUGUUGACACGCCACGCUUUUCCAAAGAUUACAGCACAGCAAAAGAAUUCUAUCUAUUGGACCCUCUCAACUUAAACAAAAUUUCAGACAUAUGGGGUCCCUGCUCCUCUUCAGUCAUCCAGGAAUUCAGCUACAUGCUGUUAAAAACGGGCACAGUGACACUGAAAGCCCAGAUUGACAAGAAGGGUUACACACCAGGCCAGAUUAUUCAACUGUCCGCUGUCGUCCACAAUAAAUCAGAGAAGAGAACAAGCAAUAUAAAGGCCUCUCUGGUGCAGAGAGUGACCUAUCAGACAAAAAAAACCACCCAUGACGUGAGGGUCAUUGCAGAGUUGGAGGGGGGACAAGUUAAGGCUGGCAAGGAGAUAGAGUGGAAGGAGCAGAUCAUUGUUCCUCCUCUUCCGCAGUCAUCCCUUGUUGGCUGUGACCUCAUAAAGAUUGAAUACUAUGUUAAAGUCAACUUAAAGUCUCCGAAUGUCCUCUUGACGUUACCCCUCUACAUAGGAAAUGUCUCUUUGGACAAGAAGUAUCACCCAUCCAAAAAUGAAGCUCGUCUCUCUUCUACCGACGUUGAAGUCACAUCAUCUGCCUCACCUUCUGUUACUACAUUGUUUCCACCGCUUCUUGCCCCAAAACCAACUCCUCGUCCUGCUCCUCGGUCUAGAAUUUCGUAUGCCAAUACUCCAACUGCUCCCCCGACUGAAUGUCACCAAGGCGCUGAAGGUGGUACACCUAUGAGGGGCAGCUUCACAAACCAGCGGCACUCCCAACUUGUGUCACCAAGUGGAUUUAGUUAUGCUCCUGGCCUCUCUUUCUCUGACAGUCAUCAGAACCAGGCAAGCACAGACCCUGAAGGAAUUCUAAUCAGUGGUUCCACCAGGACCCCAGCUCGUCCUUUUAAUGAGAACACUAUUAGCCCAGCGUUAACGCCUGUUAGCCUGCCCCCCGACUACAGGAGCUCAGCCUACCCACAAGACGCUCCUCCUUCCUAUGACGAAAGUUGUAACACCUAAACUGAGUGGAGGAACAGGAACCAUGCUAGCGUCAACUACAUCUACAUCAACUGAUAGAUGUAUUGGCAAUAGAAUUUUUUUUUUCCAAAGUCAAAGUCUGCUUUUUGUCAAUUUCUUCACGUCAAGACACACAAAGAGAUCGAAAUUGCGUUUCCUACUACCCCACGGUGACAAGACAUAUUACAUAUUAUAUAUAUAGUAUAUAUAUAUAUAUAUAUAUAGUAUAU